UUGACUCCCGAUAAGGAAGAAGCCGAGGGCCAGAGUGCUUCCGCUUUGUAUCACCACGCCCUGCAACCAUCCCACCCACCGCCAUCGAAACGACACCAUGAACAGCUUCACUCACUCCCAUCUGCUCCUUCAACACUCGCCGACCUUCCUCGUCCCUUCGACGUUCUCGAGCCCGUCUUCUCCUCUCUCGCGAAGCCUCUCGAAGCUCCGACACGACAAGGCCGGUGGAUUCAGGCGGAGCGAGCGCGAGCGAGCCGACCAGAAGGGCAGGAGGACGUGGAGCGGAGCGAGAGUGAUCGCGCACGGGUGGUUUUUGCCGGUGGACCCGUGGGCUCCGACCGUCGAUUCGGAGAGCAUUGCGUCUCAGCUGUUCGCGUUCUCUCUGUUCCCGUACCUCGGCUUCUUGUACUUCGUCACGAAAUCGAAGUCCGCUCCCGGCCUGACACUGUUCGGAUUCUACUUCCUUCUCGCUUUCGUCGGAGCCACCAUCCCAGCUGGGAUAUAUGCAAAAGUGCACUAUGGUACUUCUUUAUCUAACGUAGAUUGGUUACAUGGAGGUGCCGAAUCACUGCUCACUUUGACCAACUUAUUCAUAGUCCUCGGCUUGAGAAGAGCCCUUAGGAAAGCAAAAGAGACAAAAGAAAGCACAACAGCGGGGAACCUAGAAGAGAAGUCUUCUGUAUAGAUGUGAGGCUUCUAUUUCCAAUUCCGUGCGGUCACACGGUGAGGCUAAAGUGCAACACAUCAUGUUGUUCUUCCUCUCAGUGCUUUUAAGCACAAUGAUUGAAACCUUCCAUUCGCCACGAGGUUUUCAACGUCGACUGACCAUUGGAUCAGUUGUUGUCCGCUUAUGCAAUUUUUAGUACCAGUUAAACUUUUGUGUACUCUGGCCCCUUUGUAACAUUCUCUGACCUCUUCUUUCCGUGAAUCUAAAGAGUAUACUUACUGAGUUUGUUAUAGAGUACUCUGACGACGUAUUUAAUGAAAAAUUUAUGAUC